AUGAAUGAGACAAACGAGCAAUAUCCUUCCUCCCACGGCGCUGUAGGCGGCGGCUCUUCCACCGGUGCCCCCGGUAUCCCAACCGGACUCCGCGACCAACGCUCUCACUACGACACCACCAAAGGCGUCAACCCAGCCACGGGCGCCAGCUACUCCAAGUCUUCUGCUGGUGGACCAACCCAGAACCACCAACAGCCUCUAUCACCCUCCCCGGCCCGGAGCGACGAUCGCAUCGUGGGUGAUGAACCACUGCCGCAUACGGCUAGCACGGCGCAACGGGCGGAGAUCCAAGAUCACUCCCGGGGCUCUCGGGCCGGCGAUGGUAUCGGCAAGGGCAUUGUGGGCGCUGCAGCCUCGGUUCAUGGGGCCGGCGAGUCGUUGCGGGGGGCGUUGAACACGGCUGUCGAUCGGGCGUUCGGGUCGCACGAGGGGGCGGAGCGGAAUCAACACAUCGCCGACCAGGGGGCGGAGGAGAUUCGCACGGGGCGAUUCUCGCAUUCCAAGUAG